CAUUGAAGUGGAGCGUGAGAAAGGUAACGGUGGUGGACAAGUAGCGUUGGAAGUCCCAAAUAAGACAAAAAGAGGGCGUGAUCUUGCUCAGAUCCAGACCGUCCGUUCGCUGCAACCGAUCGGAGGGUGAUCCGGUGGUCAUCAUCUCUGUAUCCUGGAGGAGAACAAGAGAUGGAUGGAACGAUAACAUUUUGUGGGCGAAACAAUCAAACAGAUUGAUGGCAGCCGCAUUUGCUCUCGCACGGAGAUUUGACAAGUAGAGGGACAAGAGGCAGCGGCGCCCGAGGCGAUGCACCGGCAACCCACCACUUUCGACGCCUAGCCGGAACCCUAGAUGCACCACCACCGCCUGAGGAGCUGGCCCGACCUCUGGUUCGCUGCCGAUAACCGCCUCAAGCAUGUGCUCCUCAAGAUGGGUCUGGGUGACCAGACCCUAACCCUGAAGGAUCUCCCGCCGCGGCCUGUCGGAGGAGGCGUCGCGGAUCCCACCGCGACGCUCUCCGACGAGAUCCUCCUCCGCAUCCUCGCCGCCGUUCCCGAGUCCCUCCGCCUCCCUGCCUCCCUCGUCUGCAAGCGAUGGCUCCGCGUCGUAGGCCGCCUCCGGCGCUCCCUCACACUCCUCGACUGGUCCCUCAUCGGCCGCCGUCGCCUCCCCCUCCGCUUCCCCGACCUCACUGAUUUGGACCUCGUCCCUGCCUCCUUCGCGUCCCCUUCCGCCGCCGCCGCCGCCGCCCUCUGCAAGGGCUGCGUGCUUCUCACUGUGGGCCCAGUCUCCGUCGCCGUCGACAUUGGCGUCGACCUUCCCGUCGGUGAGUGCCGCUUCCUCGAGCCGGCUGCAAUCGAUCGCGGCCUCAUGACCGUCGCCCGUGACUGCCCUGGCCUUCGGAAGCUUUCCCUCGUCGCCGUAGCCUCGGAGGCUGGCCUCAUGUCCGUCGCUGGAGGAUGUAACACUCUGCAGGAGCUGGAGCUCCACCGCUGCUCUGAUCUCUCCCUCCGCCCCAUAUCGGCCUUCAACAACCUCCAGAUCCUGCGGCUGGUGGGUUCAGUCGAGGGGUUCUACCGUGGGCCUGGCGUCACCGACAUCGGACUCACGAUACUGGCCCAUGGGUGCAAGCGGCUGGUGAAGCUGGAGCUAGGCGGAUGUGAAGGCAGCUACGAUGGCAUCUCCGCCAUAGGGCGAUGUUGCAUGAUGCUUGAGGAAUUGACGAUCUCCGACCAUCGGAUGGAUGCUGGGUGGAUGGCGGCGUUGUCCUUCUGUGUAAACCUGAAGAAGCUGAGGCUGCAAAGUUGCAGAAGGAUAGACAUUGAUCCAGGGCCAUUGGAGCACCUCGGAACGUGCCCAACCAUUGAAACUCUACAGAUGCAGCGGUGCCAGCUGCGGGAUAAAAGAAGCUUGCAGGCACUGUUUAUGGUGUGCGAAGCUGUUAGGAAUCUUAGGUUCGAAAAUUGCUGGGGCCUGGACAAUGACAUGUUUGGACUUGCGAGCAUUUGCAGGGCUAGAAAUGGUUAGAUAACAUAAGCCAAAUACAAGUGGAGCCGAGUACGGUUUGUAUAUCUGUGAUGUACCUGCAAAGCCCUCCAAUCAGGGAUAUUGAUAUAUGCUGAAUUCUAUCCUCUUUCAAACUUUAGAACGUCUCAAUGUAUGAAGCAAUGUAUACAAAAUUGCUAUGGAGACAGUGAACUUGAGUAUCCUAUCUUGUUGGAGAAGUAUGCUGCCUUUUUCUUCCCCCAUAUAAUUUCAAGCCUUUGUGUGUAACAAAUGUUUUUGAUGGCCCACAUGAUGCCUUAACUAUCCUUGUAAGCAUUCUGUUGCUUGAAAUGUAUAUAGGAUGUUGCAAAAAUAUGUUGAAGAUUUUAUAACUGUAUCCUUCCAUCACAAAUAGCUUUUGGAAUGUUGAUUGCUUUAUAUUUGUAUGCAUAGCAUAUAGCCAUAUAUAAUUAUUUAUUUUAGUACCCUUUCACUCUUUUCUCAGGAAUGCAUAUUCCUUAAGCCAUUAUAUACUUUUAUAUAUGCAAAUAUUUUGUCGGUUUUCUAUACAUUUCUCUAGCCUGCUUAAGUAAUGAUAUUGUUUAUCAAUUGUCAAUAUCAAUUUAGCAAAUGUACAUAUCUGUAGAUAUUGUGCUCAACUAUCUGCAAGUAUGUUGAUAACCGUAUAUUUGAAACCUGAAAAUCUGGC